AUGGCACAAACUUUGCCACGCUUGGGCACAAAGAUGGUCAGUGGCAUUUUGUCAUCACUGGGGACCCUUCUACUGUGGGACCAAUGUGGGUCAACCAUGAGCCGGGGCCUACCAAACCUGAUCCCUCUCACCAAAGACUCCGAUUACAGCGCCGACACUGACGAUGAGUACGACGAUAUCGCUUCUGAUUCUGCUUCCGACACCGAAGAGUUUGGUCAAGGCCAGAGAGAAUCGCGAUUUGGAAAUAACAGAGGGGAGGAUGUUCAAGAUGCUAUUCCGAGGAGAAGGAGACGAAAGUCGGAAACAUUUAGAACACAGUAUAUAAACACAAAGGAAAUCAGAAUAUGCGUUGGGACAUGGAAUGUUGGAGGGAUACUUCCACAUGAUAACCUAGAUAUUGAUGACUGGAUUGAUACUGAUGAUCCCGCAGACAUCUAUGUGUUUGGACUCCAGGAGAUUGUACCCUUAAAUGCUGGGAAUAUCUUUGGUGCUGAAGAUAGCCGCCCAGUUCCAAAGUGGGAAAACAUUAUUCGCGGGACUCUGAACAAAAUUCGACCAGCAAGGACUAAGGUUAAAUGUUACAGUGACCCUCCAUCUCCAUCAAAAUUUAUGCAAUCUGAGGAUGUGCCCACUAUAGAAGAGGAGAUAUUACUUGAAAGUGAUAGUGAUAUUGGUGAAGAAAUUCAUCCCUUGGAUGAAGAAUUCAAUGGUUUUGAUGAACUCAAUGAUCAAUCAAUCACAGGUGACAUGAACUCAAAUUCUGGAGUUCCAGAUGGUACUGGUAGCGACAAAUUAGGCAUGCCAGUAGAGCAGGAUUUACAGAAGCAAUUUUCUCCUCCACAAAAAUUAGGUAGAUUAAAUUGCUUGCGGACAGAAGGUUCUGCAGGAGAAGUGGAAGCAUUGGCAGCUCCUAAAAAACUAACAAGAAUUAUUAGUGGUUCUGAAAGGUUGACUUUGUUCGCUGAGCUUGACUUUGAAGCUCUCAUUAAACGGAAAAGAAGACCAUCAUAUGUAAGGAUAGUGAGCAAGCAGAUGGUUGGAAUUUUUCUCACUAUUUGGGUUCGUAAGAGCAUGCGUGAAAGGGAUGCAGAUGAACUCAAAAGAAAUGCUGAUGUUCGCGAAAUACAUAGAAGAACUCAGUUUCGUCCCUUUCCUAGUGUUGGACUUCCUAAAAGCAUCUAUGAUCACGAAAGGAUUUUCUGGUUGGGUGAUUUAAAUUACCGCAUCAACUUGCCCUACGACAAAACGCGUGACCUCAUCUCCAGAAAGGAGUGGUCCAAGUUAGUGGAGAGGGACCAGCUUAUACAACAACUAAGAAAAGGUCGUGCAUUCGAUGGAUGGUCAGAGGGUCCAUUGAAUUUUGCGCCAACAUAUAAAUAUGAGAUGAAUUCAGAGAAAUACUAUGGAGAAGAUCCAAAGGCUGGAAGGCGUAUUCCUGCAUGGUGUGAUCGCAUACUUUCAUAUGGAAAGGCCAUGAGGCUACUGAAUUACAGGAGGACAGAGCUAAAACUUUCUGAUCAUCGACCUGUGACUGCCACAUAUAUGGCUGAGGUUGAGGUGUUUUCUCCUAGGAAGCUACAGAGGGCGCUCACAUUCACAGAUGCAGAGAUUCAAAACGAGGAAGUUGUGGCAGACUUGGCCAUUGAUGUUGGGAUGGGCCAGUUGAGAUUGGAGCAGGAUCCUUGUGAAUUUCUUCGCCUUCGGCUCUCUAAUAUGAACUUUAAAGCUCUGCAUGCCACAGUGGUGAAUGUUGAUAGUCAAGGAAGAACCACCAACCUUCUAGCACUCUCGAUGUUCCUUCUCAAGUAUACAUGGAGAGCCACUGCAUUUGGUGUUUAUGGGUACCUCAAUUUCACCAAAUCUGCUUUCAUGGAACGCUCCAAGAAAUUCAAUCCGGAAGAUAUGCAGGCGAGAAUUGAUGGGAAGAACUGUUUGGUAACAGGGGCUAAUUCUGGCAUUGGUUAUGCAACCGCCGAGGGUCUUGCCUCACGUGGAGCAACGGUUUAUAUGGUAUGUCGUAGCAAGGAGAGAGGGGAAGCUGCUCUUUCUCAAAUUCAGUCCACAACAGGAAGCAAAAAUGUCCAUUUGGAGGUUUGUGAUCUUUCAUCUGUCAGUGAGAUCAAGUCUUUUGUAUCCAGGUUUUCUACAAAGAAUGCGCCAGUUCAUGUUUUGGUUAACAAUGCUGGUUUGCUUGAGAAUAAACAAGUCACUACAUCUGAAGGAUUUGAAUUGAAUUUUUCUGUGAACGUGCUGGGCACUUAUGCCAUGACUGAAUUAAUGUUGCCUUUGUUGGAGAAUGCUGCACCUGAUGCUAGAGUCAUCACAGUUUCCUCUGGUGGAAUGUACACAGCUCCGUUGACCACAGAUCUACAGUUCAGCAAAGGAAAAUUUGAUGGUGUUGAACAGUAUGCUCGAAACAAGCGAGUUCAGGUGGCACUAACUGAGAAAUGGGCUGAAAUGUACAAGGACAAAGGGAUCUCGUUCUAUUCAAUGCACCCAGGUUGGGCUGAGACACCAGGAGUUGCUAAGUCUUUACCUGAUUUCAACAAAUCAUUCUCAGGAAAGCUAAGAACAAGCGAGGAAGGUGCAGACACUGUUAUUUGGUUGGCUUUACAACCCAAAGAAAAGCUGGUUUCAGGUGCUUUUUAUUUUGAUAGAGCUGAAGCUCCCAAGCAUCUGAUGUUUUCUGCUACCGGAGGCUCACAUUCAUUGAUCAACAACGUUGUUGAGGAUCUUCGUUCCAUGUCCAGACUUUCUUCUUGA